AUGGAAUCCUUACUCAAAUGGUCUUUGGAGAAUACGCCGACAGAUGAGCCGGUGGUUCGUCCCACUGCCGAACGAAUGAAAGAGUUGGAUCCAGAGAUUAUCGACAUGAUCCUGGGCAAGUCGGAUGCAGUAGUGAUGAAGGAAAAGUUGGCGAUCGCGAGGGACGAAUCAAGGGAAGAAGAUGAAAGGGUCGAAGCACUGGAUGAUUUCGAGAUGCUGGUGGAACAAAUAGAUAACGCAAAUAACCUGGAGAAUCUCAAAAUGUGGGAGCCCUUGAUAGAGCUUAUACGCUCACCCGUAGCCGGCGUACAGCGGCAUGCGAUAUGGAUUGCCGGUACGGCGGUUCAAAAUAACUCCGCCGCACAAAACAAUUUCUUGAAACGAGACCCGUUGCCAUAUCUCCUUUCACUCGUCACGUCAAACCAAGUGUCGGGAAAUACGCGGUCCAAGGUGUUGUAUUGCCUAUCGGGUUCGUUGAAACAUAAUGUGGGCGCGGUCCACAGAUUGGAUGAACUGGAUGGGUGGAGAGCACUGAAGCAUGCGCUGCAAGAUCCGGACAUCACGGACAUUUCAAGCAGCGGAUCGACCGCGGCUACGUUGCACGAGUCCGAUGGCCCGAAACUCCACGGAGCGGGCGGCGCGGAGUCGGAAUCGACGGAAGGGCUUGUGCGCAAGGCGAUUGUGGAUCACAAGUUGAUCGAGGCGCUGGUUGAGCCGCAGCCAUACGGGCCGGACGGGGACGGUGAUGCGACGAAGGAUGGUGAUUACAGGGAAAAGGUGCUUCAGACGAUAGAUACGUUUGUGGGAAACGGCGGGGAAGUGGGGGAUGCAGCAGGAGCGGUGAUUGUUGGACCUGCGCUGAACGACGACAUGGACCCGGAAGGAUCGCAAGGGCGGCGGCCUGCAAGCACGGCGGUAGAGCGGACGAGACGAGCGUCUGGGUCGAACAAGGGUGGCGGUGUUGACGUGAGCCAGCACCCGUCUGCUAUCGCGUACCAGGCUGCACACCCACGGCGCGCCAUCCCCCGGUUUGGGCCGUAUCUACUGCUCCAGACGCUGGGCGAAGGCGAGUUCGGAAAGGUGAAGCUCGGACUGCAUGCAACAUGGGGCGAAGAGGUUGCCGUCAAGCUCAUCCGCCGUGGCAACGUCGAGAACGCACUCCGCAUGAGCAAGGUUGAGCGCGAGAUCGAGGUUCUGCGGAAAAUAAACCAUCCGAACAUCGUGCGUCUGUACGAUGUCAUCGAGACCGACAAGUAUAUCGGCAUUGUUCUCGAGUACGCGUCUGGCGGCGAGCUCUUUGACCAUAUCCUCGCCCACCGCUUCCUCCGUGAGCGCGAUGCCUGCAAGCUCUUUGCUCAGCUCAUUUCGGGCGUAUCAUACAUCCAUCAAAAGAAAAUUGUUCAUCGUGACCUCAAACUCGAGAACCUGUUGCUCGACCGCAACCGCAAUGUGAUUAUCACCGAUUUUGGCUUUGCCAAUCGCUUCGAACACAGACCCGAUGACCUUAUGCAAACAUCCUGUGGCUCUCCAUGCUAUGCCGCCCCUGAACUCGUUAUUUCCGAGGGCGAGUAUGUGGGUAGCGCCGUCGACAUUUGGUCUUGCGGCGUCAUUCUCUACGCAAUGUUGGCCGGAUACCUUCCCUUCGACGAUGACCCCGCCAAUCCCGAUGGCGACAAUAUUAACCUACUAUACAAAUACAUUGUGACCACUCCCCUUACUUUCCCCGAUUAUGUUUCCGAAGAUGCUCGAGACUUGCUCGGCCGCAUGCUCGUCCCCGACCCCAAGCACCGCGCUGACCUGGCCACCAUUAUGGCCCACCCAUGGCUCGAGCCCUAUUCGGCCCAGUUCCAACUUUCGGUGGAGCAACUCGAACAGCAGGCAACCGAGCAGCAGCAUGCCAAGCGCAUGGCCUACCAGCGCCAAAUUCGCAAGAAGCAACAGCAGCAAGCCCAGGCCGCUCAGUCCUCUUCCCAGUCGAGGGCCACUCGAACACAAUCUACUCGCCCGGCUGCUCCGGAGGAUUCUACCGACCUUCUUUACACGUCGACUGCUUCGCCUUCUCGCCGUGAACGUGCUGGUGCCUCGGCUAUUGUACUUCCCUCGCCCACAAACGCAGCUGAUUCAGAGAUGCUCACUGUCGAUGGCGCCCAGAAGCAGGACUCGGCUCCCACCGAGCGCAAGAAUCGGGCAUACCGCCACACCAUUCAACUCGAGUAUGACGUCGGAACACGCGACAGCGCUCCGCCCGUUCCCGCCUUUUUGCCUACGUCCACAGAGGCGUCUUCUGGGGCUCCAAACUCUGCAGCCGCGCAAAACGCGUCCACCGGCACUGCGACGUCUACGCCGGAGCCUUCGCAACCUCAGUCGUCUACGAACGGUCGAUCAGUCAGCACUUCUCGCGUAGCUCCGCCCAGCGCCUUUAGCAUGCCCACUGGCAUGCGUUCUGCCAGUGCCGGAACCGCCGAAACUCGGGCACGGGCUGAAGAAGCCGAGACCGUGGGUCGCGCAGUUUCGUCAGACGUCGGUCGUGGGGGUUCGAUGGAUGCCAAUGGUCGCUCUCUUGACUUCUCCAUCAGUGAGGAUGGCGGGCAUUUCCGUAUCCCUGGGCCGGAUGUCCCGUCUGUCCAGGUAUCUCAACCGUCUACUUCGAUCGAUGAAGCCGAUAUUCUGGCAGCUUUGACUGGAGGUAAACGUUCAGUCAAGCACAGCACUGCUAGCACCAAUGGUGUCAACGGCGCAAAUGGCUCUGAUCUCACUCCUUUGGCCAAGGUCGAUGUGCCUCCCAGCGAGAUCGUUCGUUCCCCGAUUAUGCUUACUCCAACUACCGCUGAGAGUACCGGGUUGCCUACUCCUGCUCCGACCGAGCCCACGGCCAGCGAUGCAGAGAACAAGCUCCGACAGUCGCCAGCUCAAACUAAGCCCACCGAUGCUGACACUCCAUCCUCAAAGACUCAAGAACCAGUCCUGACACCUACACCUGCUGGACCAGUUAGGAACGUUUCGACGAGCUCCACCGGUGGAAGCAGUACGCCUCGCUCCAAGUCUACGAGACAGUCUACCAAGCCCGUUGAGAAGCCGGCGGAGGAAGAGGUCGGGAACACGAGUGUGUCGAGUUCCAAGAGUCGUCGAAAGACUUUGAGUUUGAUGGUCGAGCCUUUCCAAAGGCCAUUCAGGACGCGCACACCGGCCGAGCCUGCACCAGAACGAAAGGACACGCAGCCUCAACCAUUGCGUUCUGCUCCACUUGCUCCACCAGCCUCGACCCCUACUCCAAUCGCGACGCCUGGGGUUGCUCAAGAGACUUCGGCCCCUCCAGUGGCCUACAAGUCUAACACGGAGCGAUUCAUGGCCGAGGGCGCACCCGCCGGACCCGCAAGCGCGACUAGCAAAGCAAAGCGCGUAAUGAACUGGUUUAGGAAGCGGUCUCUGGCACCCGAUGCAGCCGCGCCCGCUAGCCAUCCGGUCGUCAACCUGCCUCCUGCCACUACGCCUGCUGUUCAAACUGGGCCGAUGCGAUCGGUUACCCAGCCCCAUAUCGAGCCCAAGCACAGUGGCGGAAUGGACAGUGUCUCGACCAGCAAGGACCAAUCUUCUCUCCAACUUCCUCGUCCUUCCAACUCGCCAACUCCGGUCUCGAUUGUCAAGCCUUCGAAGCCAAUUGUCAACCGCGCUGGAAUGCGCGUGCACGAAGGUGCUGUCGACCAGGCUAUGGUUACGUCUGGCUCGCCUCUCGACGCACUUUCGCACGCCGAAGCCGUGCUCGUCGAGAUGGGUAUCGCGUUCACCAAGGAAAGCGAGUGGAAAUUUAGGUGUGUGCGCCAUAAGAAGCGCAAGGGCGGGAUUUCCGGUAGCGUUGGCGGGUUGAGUGCAGGUGUAAUGGGCAGCGCGGCGAGCGGUGGAGUGAACAAUCGUGGAUUGCCCAUGCCGCCCCCGCCCUCGUUUGGAGGUGCGGGCGGAAUGCUCCGUGGCUUGUUGCGUCGGAGCUCCGCGCAACCGGGUGUACCUACCGAAUCGGAGGGCACCGCUCAACAACAGCAACUUCCCGAGCCGAUUUACGGCGAGCGUAACGAUGAUGCACAGGAUGAGGUCCGAUUCUUCGUUGAAUUGACUCGUAUCGAUCGCUUGGAAGAUACAUACAGUAUCGACGUGCGUCGCCUUAAGGGCAAUCUGCGGAGCUAUAAAUUCUUGUAUGACACAAUGCGAGAGCGAUGCCUUCCUAGGCUUCAGACCAUCAAUUGA